GCCGGUUUAAGGUCAUCGCUAACUCUAAGAUUGAGAGAAUCCAAACCCCCAAGCGCAGUUAAUCUCGCGCGAUUCUGUCUCCCAACGCUGCCUACGCAUAGGGUUUCUUCUUUCCCUCGCAGGAUUAAUUAUUCAAAGUUUGCUGGUGAUAUUUUCUUGUGUGUACUAUAUUCAUUUCUUUCUCCGGAUCAUGUUUGAACUGGGAAAGCGUCAGCAGAGGGAUCCUGACAAUGAAGGUGCACAGCAGAAGAAAAGAUUGGGUAACAAGGAUAUCAUCAGUGAUGAAUUGGUUGUAUAUCGUGUUCUUUGUCCAGCUGGUGUUAUUGGGAGUGUGAUUGGCAAGAGUGGUAAAGUGAUAAAUUCCAUCAGGCAACAGACAAAUGCUAAAAUCAAAGUUGUCAAUCCUUUUCCUGGUGUGGAUAAAAGGGUUAUCACUAUCUAUUGCUAUGUUAAGGACAAGAGUCCUGUGGAUGUUGAUGAAGAUGUCUUGCAGCCUCUCUGCCCUGCCCAGGAUGCCUUGCUUAAAGUUUAUGAUGCUAUAGUAAAUGCUCUGGCUAAUUCUAGUGAGAUUGAAAAGAAACAGGAAGGGGCUCAUAUCCUUGUGCCAGCAAGCCAAACUGCAAAUAUUAUAGGUAAGUUUGGGGCUACCAUCAAGAAACUGAGAUCCAAGACUGGAGCAAACAUUAAAAUUACUCCAAAGGAUCCCUCUGAUGCAACACAUUCUUGUGCAAUGAGCUUUGACAACUUUCUUCAGAUUACUGGUGAUGCUGAAGCAGUUAAAAAUGCAUUAACUGCAGUUUCUGCUGUCAUGUAUAAAUUUUCACCAAAGGAAGAGAUCUCUCUUGAUACCUCGGUUCCUGAUCUUCCACCCAUAAUUAUUCCAUCAGAUAUUCCCAUUAUACCAGCUGGUAGUCUCUAUCCCACUGCAGAUUCUCUUUUGCCUCCUGGAUCUGUGCCACCACCUAUAGCUGCAACUCAUCUUGCAUCUGAGAUUUCUGGAUUUACAGACACUUCUAAUAUGUGGCCACUGUAUCCAUCUUCCCUUCCUAUUGUUCCUGGAUAUGGUGGUCCAACACGGUCGGAGGACCUCAUCUUACGAAUUCUGUGCCCAUCUGACAAGAUUGGACGUGUUAUUGGCAAGGGAGGAAGUACUAUAAAGAGCAUACGACAGUCCAGUGGUGCAAAAAUCAGUGUUGAUGAUACAAAAGAUGAUACUGAUGAGUGCGUUAUCACUGUCACAUCAACGGAGUCUACAAAUGAUGUGAAGUCUGCUGCAGUUGAAUCUGUUUUGCUGCUUCAAGAAAAGAUUAAUGAUCAAGAUAGUGACUGUGUUAAUAUUCGCCUUCUUGUUCCUUCAAAAGUUAUUGGCUGUCUUAUUGGCAAAGGUGGUUCAAUUAUCACUGAUAUGCGCAAGAAGACUAAGGCAAUUAUUUAUAUCUCAAAGGGUGAAAAACCCAAACAGGCUGCUCCCGAUAAUGAGCUUGUGGAGGUGUCUGGAGAGGUAGGUAAAUUGCGUGAUGCGCUUGUUCAGAUUAUUUUAAGGCUCAGAGAAGAUGCUCUAAAAGACAAGGAAGGCAACCAAAAUGCUCACAAGGACAGUAGUCAGAAUGUUCCUGCUACUGAUCCUCUUCAUUCUGGCAGUCUUUCUGUGCCUCCAGUAUUGCCUACGAUUCCACCUCUUGCACCUUUGAGCUAUGAUCAGAGAGCUGAAACUGAGAGGGGCUUAGGAAUAUUCCCUGGCAGUAAUUUAUUUGGUUACAACUCGUUGCAGGCUGGAGAGAAUGGUUUUGGAUCUCUUUCUUCAUAUCCAUCAAGAGCAUAUGGAGGAUUGCCUGCAUACAUUGAGAUGGUGAUUCCUGCAAAUGCAUUGCCUAAAGUUAUGGGUAAAGGAGGCACAAAUGUUGACAAUAUCAGAAAGAUAUCAGGAGCUCAUAUAGAAAUUGUUGACUCGACAGCAUCCCAUUUUGAACGCAUCGCCCGGAUAUCUGGUACCCUUGAGCAGAAGCGUUCAGCAGAGAACCUAAUUCAGGCCUUCAUAAUGUCUACUUAAGAUGAUGGUCGAGUACCAGAGUAGGUGACCUUAUGCUCUCUCAUUUGCAGUGCUCUUCAGGUUUCCUAAUCCCUUGGGACUAUUCUGGAGAAACAUGGGCAAGAUCCCUCUUACUUCUGUCCUUCUGUACCAAACAUAGUCUGUUUGCUCUUCAAAAUCUACUGCCCGCUUGUCCUUCAGAAAAACUAUUCCCUAUCGUGAUUCUAUAAACCUGUCUUAUCUAUUAUCGUGAAUUUCUCAGGUCCUUGAUUUCCUCAGUUUGAUGUUACUUUCUUGUGAAACGUUAGUGUCAUGAAUAUACCCUUGCUUAAGUCUUCAA